CAAACCACAGUGCGCUAGAGCUCAGUGUCUGGCAUGUCUGUUUUGCUUUAGUUUAGUUUUAGAUGUCAUGCUGAAAACGAUAUCUUUGUGUACUUAAAAUACGUGUUGUUAGGAAGUGAAAAAAGUUUGUAAUUCCUUGUACGUAAGACUUCAACUACUGAUAGAUGAAAGUGCUAUGAAAUGUGGGGAAAAGUAGAAAGAAUACGAACAAGGCAAUGAACAGGAGGCUCAUUUUAAAGGUGGAACAUCUGGUGCGGUACCAGAGUUGCUGUAGGCAUCUUCAUAAAACAUGUCGAGUGGUGGGAUUACAGUUACAAGCUGUAAAAGCUGUGCGGGUAUUUUCUCAUUGCAUCAUGUGGCAAAGAAACAGCUGGCGUCAAAUCUCUGUAACACAAGCCACAUUCUUUGCUGCAAAGGAGAUCAUGUGUAUGAAGCGCUGUUGCACACAGAUCUUGACAUUGAUUUAUUGGAGCCGCAUUCGGUCUUGGAUGAAAUGUGGGUAAAAGAAGUAAUAAAGAAAUCAGGCAUGAAAUACAGAUGGGCCAAACUGUCCGAAGAAAAAGUUCGAGAAAAUAAAGAUGCCACUAGAAGAACCCACAUAGAUGCAGCUUCACAAGUUCCAAGGCCUCCAGUUGUCACUAUUAUGGGACAUGUGGAUCAUGGGAAGACAACGUUAUUGGAUAGCCUGAGAAAAACGCAGAUGGCAGCAAUGGAGGCUGGUGGCAUCACUCAGCAUAUUGGAGCUUUUCUGGUACAGUUACAGUCAGGCGAAAGAAUCACUUUUCUCGAUACCCCAGGACAUGCUGCUUUCUCAGCUAUGAGGGCACGGGGAGCCUGCAUAACUGAUAUUGUUAUCCUGGUUGUGGCAGCUGAUGAUGGUGUGAUGAAGCAGACUGUAGAAUCGAUCCAACAUGCUAAGAAAGCAAAAGUUCCUAUCAUUGUUGCCAUAAACAAGUGUGACAAACCUGAUGCUGACCCAGAGCGAGUGAAGAAAGAACUGUUGGGCCAUGAUGUAGUUUGCGAAGACUAUGGUGGCGAUGUUCAGUCGGUGAAUAUAUCUGCACUUAAGGGCACAAAUUUGCUUGCUGUUGCAGAAGCAACUGUGGCUUUAGCAGAGAUGCUGGAACUCAAGGCUGAUCCCACAGGUCCGGUGGAAGGAACAGUGGUUGAAAGUCGCACUGACAAAGGAAAAGGACCAGUAACAACAGCUAUAGUUCAUCACGGGACCCUGAAAAAAGGUUGUGUAUUAGUCGCAGGGAAAUGCUGGGCUAAGGUGCGUUUGCUGUUUGAUGAAAAUGGCAAAAUAAUGGAUGCUGCUGGGCCCAGUUUACCAGUUGAAAUUGUGGGCUGGAAGGAUCUUCCUUCAGCAGGAGAUGAAAUCCUUGAAGUCGAGUCUGAGCAAAGGGCUCGUGAAAUAGUGGAAUGGCGAAAUUAUGCUGAGGAACAAAGGAAAAUGGAGAAAGAUUUGGAAGUAAUUGAAGCAAAACAAAGAGAACACAAAGAUGCUUAUAACAAAGUUCGAGAAAGCAUGGGCAGUCUGACUUGGAGACAGAGGAAAGCAGCUCUUUACAAAUCUAACAAGAAGUUGGGAGUUAUGAGGCCCAAAGAGAAAACGGAGAGUGACAGGCUUAUCCUUCCUAUCAUUAUAAAAGGUGAUGUAGAUGGUUCUGUGGAGGCAAUUCUAAGUGUUCUGGACAGUUAUGAUGCUGAUGAUGAGUGUGAGCUUGAUGUAAUCCACUUUGGGGUUGGUGAUAUCAGUGAAAAUGAUAUCAACUUGGCAGAAACAUUUUCAGGUGUCAUCUAUGGUUUUAAUGUAAAUGUCAGCAAAGGAAUUCAGCAAAUGGCAACAAAGAAAAAUAUACCAGUCAAGAUCCAUCACGUUAUCUAUAGACUUAUCGAUGAGCUGAAAGAGGAGCUUAGUAGUAAAUUACCUCCAACCAUGGAAGACAGCACAAUAGGAGAGGCCUCUGUAUUGGCUGUAUUUGAAGUGACUGUUGGGAAGAAGAAAAUACCAGUAGCUGGUUGCAGAGUACAAAAAGGACAGUUGGAUAAGAAGCUGAAAUUUAGAUUAGUCCGCAAUGGAAAUAUCAUAUGGAAUGGGUCCGUAAUCGCAUUGAAACAUCACAAGGAUGAUGUCCAGACAGUAAAAGCUGGAAUGGAAUGUGGCCUUAGCAUAGACAAGGACAUCAGUAUUGAGUCUGGUGAUGAAAUUGUGUGCUAUGAAGAAAAAGAACUUCCACAGACAAUCUCAUGGGAUCCAGGAUUUUAAUCAUUACCGUAUUCCUAUGGAUUUACAGACUCUUAUCUUUUCUCAUUAAAAUGUGUUAUUCAGGUUCAUUCAUUUAUUCCCUAAUUACCCACUUCAUCUAGUACAAGGUCUCAGGGGAGCUAGAGCCCUGUCCUGGCACUUUGUAUGUAUGAGGCAGAAAAAUCAGUUAUUGAUCAAUGCUAGUUGUUCAGGAUCAGUGCAACACAUCAUUCUUCUGGUUUAAAAUGUUGGAGCAUUUAGGGCAGCACUAUUGUGUAAUCAUGAAGGUGACCUGUAUCCGUUUGCAUGGUACAGUUGAUCUGGGAUUCUUGUGAUACCACACAACAUAAAGAUUGAUUGGACCACACAAACUGCAGUUUUUUUCUUACCUACAGUAUCUUUGUGUUCUGUUUCAUCAUCUCCUUUUUCCUUUACUCGUUUUUUUCACAAAAUUCCUUUAAUACACAUCCUUACAUUA